AUGUCUUCUCUUUUGGAUAUCCUUACGCAGAAACAACCCCAGUUCAAGACCCGUCAAGCGCUGCUCGUGCUGGGCUUACAGAACGAUUUCAUCUCUCCGAGCGGCAAGCUUCCAGUCCCUACAAAGUCGGGCUUCGUCGACCGUAUUAAAGAGCUUGUGCCUAUCUUUCGUGAAAACGCGGGGGACGUUAUGUGGGUCCGCGCUAUCUACGAAGCCGAACGACCCGUAAACGACUUUUCAGAAGGGGGAGAUGUGGUCGUUACGGAAGCUGGUGUGCAGGCGGAUAACGAGGCUGAAGACAGCGAGGACGAACCUCCCGCAAAAGAGACGAAGCCAGAGUCUACAUCCCGCCGCAGGGCGUCUCGCUCGACUGCACGAGCGCUCCAGCUACUCAAGCGAGUAUCAUCGCGUCAAAAGCUGGUAGAGCGGAAACCGUCACCUGCGCCAGCAGAGGAGGACGAAUUGUUCCUCUCACGAACAUCGAAAAGAGGCCCAUGUUGCUUGCCGAACACCGACGGUGCCGAUUUUUCGAAGGGUAUCAAGGAGAUCAUCGACCCAUCUACUGAUCUGGUGAUCACCCAGUCGCAUUACUCGGCAUUCAAUGGGACGACGUUACUGACUAAACUCCGGACCAAGCUCAUUACCGAGCUCUAUGUUUGCGGCUGCAUCACCAACCUGUCUGUCUAUGCAACCGCCUUGGAUGCAGCGCGGUAUGGCCUCAAGUUCAAUCUGAUUGAUGACUGCCUCGGCUAUCGGAAACCUGAAAGACACGAGGAAGCUAUGAGACAAAUGGUGGAGCUCAUGGGUGCACGCCUUGCGCGGAGCUCUGAACUGUUGGCUGAUCUCGCCAGACCGGCUGAUUCAGAUCACAAUAUGCCCGAGUCACCGCGUGGCACACAGUCCUCUGAUGGUCUUCAUGACUUGAUAGAGAACUUGAGUUUGGAAGACGAUCAUAAGCCAACGCGACGAGAUCAGUUUGAAACCGACAUUGUGUCGAGGUCGAGCCCGAACGUCGAUAGUCACAGGCGAUACCCCGAUAUCGAGAUCACAAGAAGUUCUUCAGACAUACACACCACCAGGAGAGCGGAGCAACAAGGCCAGGAACCUCUCGAAGUCGAUGGAUCAGAUCAGCCAUCACCCGUAUUACCUAAUUUUCCCAUCCGCAGGCUGCCUCCGCCGUCGGAGAAUCAUCAGCCAAGUCCCAAGCCAAAAGUUCGCAUGCGUACCCGACCUGACAAAAGCAAGCAAACCGUAGAACCUAAAGGAAACUCGACGCCUGCCGAAGAACGCAAGACAAGCCCGUUGACCAAGGCUGACUCCAAAAGCACAGCCUGGAGAAGCAAUGACUCACCAUCAACGAUAUCUAUGACUGGAACUCAAGGCGACAAGACGAGUAACAGCACGAUCCAGAAUCGGAUCCAGUCUCCAAGACCUGAUUUGCGUCGACCAAACACUGCCACCGAAUCAAGCCCGGCGAGCAAUACCCGACGCCAAGGUACUCCUAAUACUAUGGCUCUACCCACGGAGGAGAGACCCCCUGUAUCGAAAGCCAGGUCUGCGGACGUUCUAUCCUUCCCUGCCACCAUCAGUCCUGUUGCAAAUACGCCUGCAGCAAACCAGCCAAAGACGGAAAAGAAGACACAGUCGCUGGCGACUCUCCCCACUCUGGGGCCACACGACCCCAUCGGCGAAGGCGACUCCCACAUCAUCUACGACCUGCUGGCCCCAUCGCUGCGCACUCGUACUUCCCCGCCUAAACCUCUAGCCCAGGCCGUAUUCGACGCCCUCUACAACGAAGUCCACUGGCAGAAAAUGUACCACGCGACCGGCGAAGUCCCUCGCCUCGUCUGCGUCCAAGGUUCCUUCGGCCCCGACGGUUCCAUGCCCGUCUACCGCCACCCAUCCGACCAAUCUCUCCCUUUGCUGCACUUCUCGCCCUCCAUCCAGAUCAUCCGUGAACACGUUCAGCGCCAUGUCGGCCACCCCGUCAACCACGUCCUGAUCCAGCUGUACCGCUCCGGCCAGGACUACAUUUCCGAGCACUCGGACAAAACGCUGGAUAUUGUGCGCGGCUCGAAGAUCGUGAAUGUGAGUUUUGGCGCGCAGAGGACGAUGCGGUUGCGGACGAAGAAGUCGGCAAGCAAGAAAGCCGGGGAGGAGGAGCUGGCGGCUGCGAGGCAAGUCCAGCGCAUCCCGAUGCCGCAUAACUCGAUGUUCGUGCUGGGCCAGGAGACUAAUACGCGCUGGCUGCACGGCAUCAGCGCCGACAAGCGCAUGGCGGCCGAGAGGUCGGACGCGGAGCGCGCGUACGAGGGGAUGCGCAUCUCGCUGACGUUCAGGCACAUCGGCACGUUUCUGGACAGCACGUCGCAGCGGAUCUGGGGCCAGGGCGCGACAUCCAAGGAGCGUCGGAGUGCGAAGGCGGUUGUGAAUGCGGAUGAGAAGAGGACGGAGGAGCUGAUUUAUGCGUUCGGGACGGAGAACCAGAGCACGGAGUUUGAGUGGGAGAAGGUGUAUGGUGCGGGGUUUGAUGUGCUGCAUUUCAGGAAGCCAAUGAUGGAGGCGCCGAUGCUGUUUAGGUGCCACAGCGGCGUUGAGAACAGACGGCUUGCGAUCUACAUGAGGGAAUCGAAAGCGACGACGGCGUGGACGGUCGUGGACCCCCCUGCGGAUAGCACGCUGGAUCAAGGCGAGACCGGGAAACCGGGCAUACGCCAGCUGUGUUUCCGCGACACGGAUACGCAUCACACUGAAGUCCUCGGCGCAAUCCCAAUCCUGCUGUAUCUGGACAAAUACCACGACACUCUGGACAAUGGAAGCAGACGUGCGGCCUCGCCGCUAGUCUACCCGAUCCUGCUGAAAAGCGAGGAGUUGUGCAGAGCGGUGUGCGCUGGCGGCGAUCCCGUUGGCAUCCUAGCAGACCUGGACGCCCUGGUUGCAGAGACGGCGUACGCGGCCGGCGCGCGCUUUUCUAUUGCCGACUGCGCGCUUUGGCCCGUGUUGGACGAAGCCAAGAAAGCGAUCGAGGGGGGAGGGUUUUCGAGGCUUGUGGCGUACCUCGAGAGGCAUAGGAGGCAAUGGAGCGAACGAGCAUAG